UCGGAUCACCAGGCGAAGCAGCAGGCAGCGGGCCACCAGGCGGAGCAGCAGGCCCCGGGCCCCCAGGCGGAGCAGCAGGCCCCGGGCCCCCAGGUGGAGCAGCAGGCCCCGGGCCCCCAGGCGGAGCGACAGGCCCCGGGCCCCCAGGCGGAGCGACAGGCCCCGGGCCCCCAGGCGGAGCGACAGGCAUCGGGCGGAGCGGCGGGCACCGAGUCACCAGGCACGACAGUGGGCUCCGAGUCAACUGGCAUGACCGCUGGCACUGGGUCAGACAUUGGAUCGUCUGGCUGGACAGUGGGC